AUGGAGAUUCAUAGAGGACCAAUUAUAGAUGAAGUCCAACAAUAUCUCGAUGCUAGAUGGAUUUGUGCUCCCGAGGCUUUAUGGAAAAUCUUCAUAUUUACAAUCUAUCGAAUGAAUCCAGCUGUUGAAAGAUUGCAAAUUCAUUUACUAAAUCAACAACAAGUGCGAUUUUAUAAGCACCAAACCAUCAAUGACGUGUUGAAUGAUGAUAACAACUCCAAAACAAUGCUCACACAAUUUUUGCCCUCAAUCAAAGAGAUCCCUAAUCUAGAACAUUUUUGUAUCGGGAAAUUCCAAAGCAUUAUUGUUGGAAUAAUAGACAUAAGGAAUGGAGAUAAGUUCUUCUUGCGGGUUUUGCUUUCUCACAUAAGAGGACCAACUAGUUGGGAAUAUCUAUUAUCACCAAAUGAAACAUAUUGUCACACAUUCAAAAAGGCGGCUGAGAAAUGGGGAUUUUUAGAAAGUGACAAUAGUAUUCAUGAAUGCUUAGUUGAAGCAUCAACUUUACAAAUGCCAUAUGCUUUACGAAGACUAUUUGUGACCAUAUUACUUUUUUGUGAACCAACUGAUGUUAGAAGCCUUUGGAAUCAGUUCGACACCUAUAUGCUAGAAGAUUAUACUUCAACCAACACUUUUGUCAAUGAGAACUUGAUUCCUAUGUUAUUGAGGGAUUUAAAUGACCUUUUAAUUCAGCAUGGUAAAACAAUCAAGGAUUUUGAUUUGCCACCUUUAUCUUAUGAUGCAUUGGCAACUACUUCAGUACCAAGAAUUAUACAAGAAGAAUUAUCAAUACAGAUACUUAAUGAAGAUGUUGACAAUGUACACAGAUUAAAUCAUGACCAACUCAUUGCCUUCAAUACCAUUUUAGAUGUAAUCAACCGUAAUCAAAGUCAAGCCUUUUUUAUGGAUGGACCAGGCAGAACCGAUAAAACAUUUCUUUAUCGUACUUUAAUUGCACAUUGUAGGAGCAACGGUCAAAUUAUUUUAGCUACAGCCUCCUUUGGUAUAGCAGCAACAUUAUUACUGGGUGGUAGAACUGCACAUUCUCGAUUUAAAAUACCUAUCAAUGUCGAGGUCGGUUCGUUUUGUUCUAUAAGUAAACAAUCAGAUCUUGCAAAACUAAUAAAAAUAGCAAAUGCAAUUAUUUGGGAUGAAGCACCCAUGAUUAACAUAUAUGUUUUGGAGGCACUAGAUCGGACAUUAAAGGAUAUUCUAGAUUCUGAUGCUCCAUUUGGAGAGAAAGUGAUCAUAUUAGGAGGUGAUUUUCGUCAGGUACUACCAGUUGUUCAAAAAGGUACAAAAGCACAAAUGAUUUCUGCCUGUAUUAUUAACUCUCAUUUAUGGAGUAACACAAAAAUAUUACAUUUACAACAAAACAUGAGAUCAUUACAAGAUCACAACUUUGCUGAAUAUCUCAUGCGCAUUGGAAAUGAUAUUGAACCAACACAAGUUGAUGACAUGGUAAAAAUACCCUAACAACUAGCAAUAUCAUAGGAAGGAGAAACCUCAAUACAACACCUCAUACACCAAACUUUUCCUCAGUUACAAUUUCAUACAUGUUAUUCACCGGAUCUUUCUCUGCCCAAAUCUGAAUAUCUUUCUUUUGACAGGGAACUUUAUAGUAAUAAUAUAACUGGGAAAAUCCCAAUUGAGCUUGGGAGUUUGACAAACUUGGUGAGCUUGGAUCUUUACUCGAACAAAAUUACUGGUCUCAUUCCAGAAGAAUUAGGCAACCUUAAAAAACUAUGUUUCCUGUAUGAAAUGCUUUCCUUGAUUACUGGUCUUGAUUACUAG